GUGGGCCCCCGCCCCCGGCCGGCAGGAGCCGUGGUUGUAGCCUCUCGGCAGCGCCGGACCUCGCUGGGAGUCGCGGGAGCCGUGCGUGGUGAGGAAUUAUGAAAGACUGGGCUGUCAUCCACAUUUGAUGAAAGUGUUUUGGAGAAUUGAGAUUCCCAGCUUCAUCCAUGAGUUCAGGACAUAGCAGAGGCUGGACGUGGCUGAUUUGUCCUCAUUUCCUUCACUCAGCUCAGCCUGGACUUGCUCCUUUCCCGCGUGAGAGCCGAAGACCUCACCACGGACCACCAUUAGCAUGCAGGGCUGUGACCUGGUGUGUCCGUGCCUGAAGGAGGCAGUUUAAGGUCAAGAGCCCGAGAGGCAGCCGCAGGGGCACACGAUGACCAGAGACCCUCCUGGAGUGAGCAGCGUCUGGCUCUGUGGGGGCCUUUGCGCUCGCUAACGGGCACCUCCAUGGAGCCGGGCAGCGCCGAGCACGGCACCAUGAGGUCCCCGCCCCUGCAGCUGGUCCUGGAGGAGCAAGUGCUGGCCCUCCAGCAGCAAAUGGCCGAGAACCAGGCUGUGUCCUGGAGGAAGCUGAAGAGCUCCCAGGAGGCGCAGCAAAGGCAGGCAAGCCUAGUGAGGAAGCUGCAGGCCAAGGUGUUACAGUACCGGAACUGGUGCCAAGAGCUGGAGAAGCGGCUGGAAGCCACUGGGGGACCGCUCCCCCCGAGGUGGGAAAGCGCGGACGAACCCAACCUGGAACAGCUGCUCAAGCGAUUGGAGGAGGAGCAGCUGAGGUGUGAGAGCCUCGCUGAGGUGAACACCCAGCUCCGGCUGCACGUCGAGAAAGCCGACGUGGUGAAUAAAGCCCUUCGGGAAGAUGUGGAGAAAUUAUCGGUGGACUGGAGCCGAGCCCGGGACGAGCUAAUGAGGAAGGAGAGCCAGUGGCAGAUGGAGCAAGAGUUCUUCAAGGGCUACCUGAAAGGGGAGCACAGUCGCCUUCUCAGUCUGUGGAGGGAGGUGGUGACCUUCCGACGCCACUUCCUGGAGAUGAAGUCUGCCACUGACAGAGAUCUGACGGAGCUGAAGGCGGAGCACGUGAAGCUCUCCGGGUCCCUGUUGACCUGCUGUCUGCGUCUCGCUGUCGGGGUGCAGCCUCGGGACCCAAACAGCUCUGGGAGGCAGGAUGGGAAGGAGCCCGCACAGGUGCUGCGGCUGCUGGCCAGGACCCAGGAGCUGGAGAAGGAAGCUCAGGAGCGGAGCCAGGAGCUGCUCCAGCUCAGGAGCCAGGGGGAGCUGGAGAAGGCCGAGCUGCAGGACCGGGUGACUGAGCUCUCUGCUCUGCUGGCCCAGUCCCAGAAGCAAAACGAAGAUCAUGAAAAGAUGGUAAAGGCUCUGAAAGAGACCAUGGAGAUCCUGGAGACAAAUCAUGCAGAGGUCAUGGAACAUGAGGCAUCUCUGAGUAGGCAUGCCCAAGAGGAGAAGCUGUCUUUACAGCAGGUGAUCCGGGAGAUGACCCAGGCCGUGGUGGAAGAAAGCGACGGCCUGGCCCAGGAGCAGUCCCUGGUGACGGACUCACUUGGCCUCUCCUCCCACUUGGAUUCUGGGGCCCCAGGCGAGGCCCUGACACUGGUGCGUUCCGUGAUGACACGGAGGCGCCAGGCCGUGCAGGACCUUCGGAGGCAGCUCUCGGACUGCCAGGCGGCCAUGAGCUCCUUGCAGCAGCAGCACGAGCACUGGGAGGAAGAAGGCCAGACCCUGCGGGAGCGGCUCCAGCAACUCACCGGGGAGCGGGACAGUCUGGCCGGGCAGACUGCGGGCCUCCAGGGAGAGGUGGACGCCCUCAGCAAGGAGCGAGGCCUCCUGCAGAAGAGCCGGGCAGAGCUGCAGCAGCAGCUGGAGGUGCUGGAGCAGGAGGCCUGGCGGCUUCGAAGGACCAACACAGAGCUGCAGCUGUUGGGGGACUCGGCCCAGGGCGAGCGGGAGGAGCGGCAGGAGGCCCUGCACCUGGCCGUCCGCGAGCGGGAGCGCCUUCAGGAGACCCUGGUGAGCCUGGAAGCCAAACAGUCAGAAUCCCUCAGUGAGCUGCUCGCGCUGCGGGAGUCUCUGGAGUCCAGUCGCCUGGAAGGGGAGUUGCUGAGGCAGGAGCAAGCAGAAGUGACUGCAGCACUGGCCAGGGCGGAACAGUCCGUGGUGGAGUUGUCCAGUUCCGAGAACAGCCUGAAGGCUGAGGUCGCUGACCUUCGGGCCGCGGCCGUCAAGCUCAGUGCCUUGAACGAGGCCUUGGCCUUAGAUAAAGUGGAGCUGAACCGGCAGCUUCUCCAGCUGGAGCAGGAGAACCAGCACGUGCACUGCAGCGUGGAGGCAGCAGAGCAAGCGAGGAGUGCUCUGCAGGAGGGCCUGGCCCAGGCAGAGAGGAGCAGGGACGCGCUGUGGGAGCGGAACUCCCACCUGGAGGCGCAGCUGCUGCAAGCGGAGGUGGUCAGGGCCGAGCUGCAGGCGGAGCUCCAGGGCCUCCGAGACGAGAAGGAAGAAGCCCAAAAGCAACUGAGCGAGGCAUGUCAUCAGCAGGAGGCCACCGCGGCUCAGCUGGAGCAGCUGAAUCAGGAGGCCCAGCGGGGGGAAGAGGUGCUGUCCCGGGCCGUGCAGGAGAAGGAGGCCCUCGUACGGGAGAGGGCCGCCCUGGAGGUCCGGCUGCAGGCCGUGGAGCGGGACCGGGAGGCCUUGGCUGUGCAGCUGCUGGAGCUCAGCUCGGCCAAGGAGCAACUGGAAAGCAGUCUGUUUGAGGCCCAGCAGCAGAGCUCUCUCAUAGAGGUCACCAAGGCGCAGCUGGAGGUCCAGAUUCAAACCGUCACUCAGGCCAAGGAAGUGAUCCAAGGGGAAGUGAAGUGCCUGAAGCUGGAGCUCGAGGUGGAACGGAACCGGGCGGAGCAGGAGCGGGGCGCAGCGGCCCAGCAGCUGGCCCUGGCCAAGCAGGAGGGGCAGGCGGCCCUGCAGCAGGAGCAGGCGGCCCAUGGGGAGGAGGUGAAGCGGCUGCAGGAGACGUGGGAGAAAGAGCGCGCCUGGCAUGAGCAGGAACUGGCGAAGGCCCUGGAGGGCCUCGAGAGGGAGAAAGCUGAGCUAGAAACACGGCUCAGAGAGCAGCAGGCAGAAACGGAGGCCGCCCAGAAGCAGAGGGAGGAAGAACGGGCCGAGGCGGAGAGCGCCCUGUGCCAGAUGCAGCUUGAGACGGAGAAGGAGAGGGUGUCGCUGCUGGAGACUCUGCUGCGGACCCAGAAGGAGCUGGCAGAUGCCGGCCAACAGCUGGAACAGCUGAGGCAGGACAUGAAGGCGCAGAAGUUAAAGGAGCAGGAGACCACGGGGAGGCUGCAGGCGCAGCUCCGAGAGGCCCAGCAGGAACUGGCGCAGGCAGCACAGCGGCACCGCGCGGACCUGGCUGCCCUCCAGGACGAGGGCCAUGCACUGCUGCAGGAUAAGAGAGAGCUGCAGGAGCAGGUGGAGGACUUGAAGUCUCAGCUGGUGUUCAAGGACAGUUCCCAGAGGCUGGUGGAGCAGGAGGUUCAGGAGAAGCUGAGAGAGGCCCAGGAGUGCAGCCGGAUUCAGAAGGAGCUGGAGAGAGAGAAAGCCAGCUUGACUCUGUCGCUGGUGGAGAAGGAACAGAGGCUCCUGGUUUUACAAGACGCGGACUCCGUUCGACAGCAGGAGCUGAACUCGCUGUGCCAGGACAUGCAGGAGGCCCAAGAAGGCCAGAAGGAGCUUAGUGCCCAGGUGGAGCUACUGAGGCAGGAGGUGAAGGAGAAGGAGGCCGACUUUCUGGCCCAGGAAGCCCAGCUGCUGGAGGAGCUCGAGGCGGCGCGGGUCACGGAGCAGGAGCUGCGGGCUUCCUUGUGGACCCAGGAGACCAAGACAGCCCAGCUGCAGCUGCAGCUGCACGGCGCCGAGAGCCGGCUGGAGGCGCUGGCCAAGGAGCAGCAGCCCUGCCACCAGGCCCAGGCCCAGCUGGCCAGCCUGUGCGCGGUCCUGCAGCAGGCCCUGGGCGCGGCGUGUGAGAGCAGGCCCGAGCUGAGCGGCGGGGGAGACUCGGCGCUUGCCCUCCGCGGGCCGGAGUCAGACCGGAACGGAAUGAGGCCGCUCCUCCAGAGAGGGUCCCCCCUGACUGCCGAGGCUGUGGCGUCCGCCCUCCGCAAACUUCACCAGGACCUGUGGAAAGCUCGGCAGGCCCGGGACGAUCUGCAGGACCAGGCGCAGCAGCUGGAGCAGCGGCUCAGCGCUGCCGAGGCCGAGGAGAGCCGGAGGCUCAGGGAGUCGCAGGAUCUGCAGCAGCAGCUCUCCCAGAGCCAGGAAGCGAAGUCUAAGUGGGAAGCAGAGCGGAAGGCCCUGGAGUCUGAGCUGACGGAGCUGCAGGCCACAGUGGUGUCCUUACAGAGCCGCCUCCGGCGGGCGGAACUGCAGGGAGUGGAGGCCCAGAAUGAGCGGGACGUGCUUCUGGCGGGCAAGGAGAGCCUGAGCGCCCAGGUGGCCCAGCUGCAGACGUCGGUGGCAGAAGCCAGGGCGCAGGCCAGUGCGGCCAGAGCCCUGGAGGAGGACCUGAGGACCACUCGCUCGGCCCUGAAACUGAAACAUGACGAGGUGGAGAGUGAGCGCGAGAGGGCGCAGGCCCUGCAAGAACAGGGCGAGCUAAAGGUGGCCCAGGGGAAGGCCCUGCAGGAGAACCUGGCAGCCCUGACCCAGAGUCUGUCGGAAAAAGAGAAGGAGGUAGCGACUCUGCAGGGGAAGCUCCGGGAGCUGGAGACGCAGCGGGAGAUGCAAAAGGCCGCGUUGGAGGUGCUGUCCCUGGACCUCCAGAAGAGGAACCGCGAGGUGGACCUGCAGCAGGAACAGAUCCAGGAGCUGGAGCGGUGCCGGUCUGUGCUCGAGCAUCUGCCCAUGGCCGUCCAGGAGCGGGAGCAGAAGCUGACUCUGCAGACGGAGCAGCUGAAGGAGCUGGAGAAGGAUCGAGAGACGCAGAGAAGUCUCCUGGAGCAUCAGCUUCUGGAGCUGGAGAAGAAGGCCCAAGUGAUCGAGUCCCAGCAAGAGCAGAUCCAGGACCUGAAGAAGCAGUUGGUGACCCUGGAAUGCCUGGCCCUGGAGCUCGAGGAGAACCAUCACAAAAUGCAGUACCAGCAGAAGGCCGUGGAGGAGCUGGAGGGCCAGAGGGAGAUGCAGAGGGUGGCCAUGACCCACCUGACACUGGACCUGGAAGAGAGGAGCCAGGAACUGCAGGCGCAGAGCAGCCAGAUUCAGGAGCUGGAGGGCCACAACGCCCUGCUGGCCCAGGAGCUCCAGGAGAAGGAGCGGGAGGCCAGGUCCCAGCGAGACCAGGCGGAGGAGCUGCAGAGGCAGAAGGAGCUGCUGACCCAGGACCUGGAGCGGAGGGACCAGGAGCUGGCGCUGCAGAAGGAGCGGAUUCGGGUCCUGGAAGAUCAGAGGAGCCUGCAGACCAAGAUCCUGGAGGAGGACCUGGAGCAGAUCAAGCUCUCCUUGAAGGAGCGCGGCCGGGAGCUGCCGCAAGAGCGCGCGGAGGAAGAGAAGGGCCCGAGCAAAGCCCAGCGCGGGAGCCUCGAGCACAUGAAGCUGAUCCUGCGCGACAAGGAGAAGGAGGUGGAGUGCCAGCUGGAGCACAUCCAGGAGCUCCGGGAGCACAAGGACCAGCUGGAGCAGCAGCUCCAGGGCCUGCACCGGAAGGUGGGGGAGACCGGGCUGCUGCUGUCUCAGCAGGAGCAGGAACUGGUGGUGCUGCAGCAGCACCUGCAGGACGCCCGGGAGGAAGGGGCACGGCAGGUGCAGGCGCUGCAGGCCCAGCUGGACGAGGCGCAGAGAGGCCUGGCCCAGCGCGAGCGGGAGCUCGAGGCCCUGCAGCGCCGGCAGCAGCAGGCCCAGGGCCAGGAGGAGGACGCGAAGGAGCAGGCGCGGGCACUGCAGAGCGAGCUGCAGCAGGCGCGGGGGGCCCUGGAGGAGCACCAGGGGGAGCUUGACGGCUACAAGGAGCACGUGCGGAGGCUGGAGGAGGAGCUGGGGAUGGAGGGCCAGCGGGUGCAGGCCCUGGAGGAGGUGCUGAGUGACCUGAGAGCGGAGUGUCUGGCGCAGGAGAACGCACUGCUGGCCCUCCAGCAGAAGUGCGCGGAGCAGGCCCAGGAGCACGAGGCGGAGGCCAGGAGCCUGCGCGACAGCUGGCUGCAGGCAGAGGCCGUGCUCAAGGAACGGGCCCAGGAGCUGGAGGCCCUGCGCGCCGCUGGCCAGUCCGCCCAGCUCCGGGAGGAGGCUGCCCAGAGCCAGGCCGAGGCCCUGCAGGAUGCCCUCAGCCAGGCUCAGGCCACCCUGCAGGAGAAAGAGGAGCAUCUCCAGGGGCAGGCGGAGGCGCAGCGGGGCCUGGAGGCCGGCACCGCCACCCUGCAGGCCGCCCUGGACACCUGCCGGGCACAAGCCAGGCAGCUGGAGGAGGCCCUCGAGAAGCGGGAACGGGAGAUCCAGGACCAGGACCUUCGUCACCAGGAGGCUGUGCAGCGGCUCCAGCAGGCGCUGGGCCAGAAGGAGGAGGAGCUGGCGCGUGAGAAGAAACAGGGCCAGCUGCUGGAGGUGUCUCUGGCCCAGAGGGACGAAGAGAGCAGGACCCAGGAGAGAGAAGAGGACGAGGGGCGGCGCCUCCGGGAGCUGCAGCAGACUCUCGCCCGGAAGGAGGAGGAGAUCCAGGGGCUGAGAAAGGCCCUGCAGGGCCAGGUUUCGGACGACUCCCCCCAGAAGGCCUCCCUCGUGGCGGCGCCGAGUCUGCAGUUUGAUUCUCUAGGACCCAGGUUGCAGAAGGAGCUGGAGCGCGUGCAGGCGGCCCUGAGGCACACUGAGGCCAGGGAGAUCGAGUGGAGGGAGAAGGCGCACGAGCUGGCCCUGGCCCUGGCCCAGAGCAAGGCCAGCGUCAGCCGCCUGCAGGAGGUCGCCAUGACCCUCCAAACCUCUGUCCUGGAGCGUGACUCGGAACAGCAGAGGCUGCAGGACGAGCUGGAGCUCACCAGGCAGGCAUUGGAGCAGGAGCGGCUCCGCAGCCCGGGCCCGGCCGGCAGGGCAGAGAUGGGGCCCCCGACAGACGCGGGCGUCCAGCUGGGAGAGGUGUCAGGCGUGGAGGAGCAGCACCCCUGGGAACAGAGGCUGGAGCAGCUGCAGCGGGCAGUGGCGCGGCUGGAGAUCGACCGGAGCCGGCUGCAGUGCCACAAUGCGCAGCUGCGGGCCACCUUGGAGCAGGUGGAGCGAGAGCGGCGGAAGCUGAAGCGGGACUCCCUGCGCGUCUCCCGGACGGACAUGCUGGAGGAUGGGUGCGGAGGGCAGAAGGGCACCUCGGAAGCCACGCACACAGCUGAGUUGCAGAAAGAGGUGGCCCUGCUGCGCGCCCAGCUGGCCCUGGAGCGGAAGCAGCGGCAGGACUACAUCGCCCGCUCGGUGCAGACCAGCCGGGAGCUCGCGGACCUGCACCACAGUCUCUCCCACUCGCUGCUCACCGUGGCCCAGGCCCCCGAGGCCACUGUUCUGGAGGCCGAGACCCGCAAGCUGGACGAGUCCCUGACGCAGAGCCUGACGUCCCCGGGCCCCGCCCCGCUCUACCCCAGCCCCAGCCCCAGCCCUGCCGCCGCCACCUCCAGGUAGCAGGAAAAGAUGUUCCCCAGCCCAGGAGCCAGCUCAGCUCCCCUGAGGGACAGCAGGUCCCUCCUGCCCCGCGGGCCUGCAGACACCCAGAGGGGCAGCUGCUCCCCAACCUGUAGAACUGGCCACCCUGGCCCCUGAGCCUCUCUUGACACAAUAAACCCUGAGUCUUUUC